UAUUUCUCGCUGUCGAGCAGUGCAGUUGUAGUAGCGGGUGCAAUUAUUGUUGAAAGAGUCAAACAAAAUGAAGUUUCAACUGGCUUUGUGCCUAGUCGCCAUUGCGGCCGGCAUUGUGGUUGCUGAUGAAAGCAAAGGACCCAAAGUGACCGACAAGGUUUUCUUUGACAUCACCAUUGGCGGUGAGCCUGCUGGUCGCAUUGAGAUCGGUUUGUUUGGUAAAACCGUGGAGAAGACUGUGAGGAACUUCAAGGAAUUGGCUGAGAAACCACAGGGCGAGGGCUACAAGGGCAGCAAGUUCCAUCGCAUUAUCAAGGACUUUAUGAUCCAGGGUGGCGAUUUCACCAAGGGUGACGGCACUGGCGGACGCUCCAUUUACGGCGAACGCUUCGAGGAUGAGAACUUCAAGCUGAAGCAUUAUGGCGCCGGCUGGCUGAGCAUGGCCAAUGCUGGCAAGGACACCAAUGGCUCACAGUUCUUCAUUACCACCAAGCAGACCAGCUGGCUGGAUGGUCGUCACGUUGUCUUCGGCAAAAUCCUCUCCGGCAUGGAUGUGGUGCGCAAAAUCGAGUCGGGCGCCACCGAUGGCCGGGAUCGUCCCGUCAAGGAUGUGGUGAUUGCCAACUCCGGCACCAUCGCCGUCGCCGAGCCCUUUGCCGUUUCCAAGACAGAUGCCACCGAAUAAGAUGGAAAUUCAACCAGAAGGCGGCAGUCAGGGAGGCAUAACUAAUAACUAAUUAGCUUUUGCAUUUUGCAAAUUUUAAUCGCGUCUUUUUAAACAUAAUCAAUGGAAUUAAAUACUAUCAUAAAAGACUAGAAUCUAGAGUACAUCGAACCAUUUUGUGUGGCCAGCAAUCGAUUUUUCUCAACUCUCACGUUGAGUUUGCAUUUAAAUCUAAUUGAAACAUAAGUUUAAAUUUGUAAUCCAUUUUAUCGUCUAAGCAAGCCAAUAUACUGCUCAAUUAUUCUCAAA